GGAUGUUUUUCCCAGUCGUACAUGGCAAAUACAACCUUCCCACUUGGUUGUGAACGUAGCAUUAGGCUACAACUGUCAUCGCACUGUUCAAUGAUUCUGCUUUUUCGGUCGGUGAGGAAAUAUUAGGGUGAAAGGUUAGGCAACGUUAUAACUCCAAUGCCAGUAACAACGCCCACAGUUCCCUUCCGGACACUGCAACAGAUCGGUUACUAUACCCAAUCCUGAGAUCCACCGACAAGCCAACUUUCUCCAGCAGACUUGGGCGAGCCUGAACUGAAACAGCAGACGCGCAAGCACGGACCAAACGCCAGUCUCUACAGAUCUACUGUUUUUGACCAGAGGAGCAGAGCACCAUGGUUGUGUCCAAGGCCUGGACGUUACGCCAGCACUUCCAGGGUUUCCCCAAGGCUAGUGACUUCCAUCUGAGGGAGGAGACGCUGCCGCAGCCCAAGAAUGGACAGGUACUGUUGGAGGCUGUGUUCCUCAGUGUGGACCCUUACAUGAGACCCUACAGCCAGACGAUGAUGAAGGAGGGAGACGUUAUGAUUGGAUCACAAGUUGCCAAGGUGAUCCAGAGCUAUAACCCCAGCUUCCCGGUGGGCUGCCAUGUGGUCAGUGAUUGUGGAUGGAGGAGUCACUGGGUGUGUGAUGGGGCAGAGCUGACCCCUGUGCUUCCCGACUGGCCCCAGGACAUCCCCCUCUCCCUGGCCCUGGGGGCCAUCGGCAUGCCUGGUCUGACAGCUCUGUAUGGACUAGAGGAGGUGUGCGAGAUAAAGAAGGGGGAGACUCUUCUGGUGAACGCUGCAGCAGGAGCCGUGGGCUCAGUGGUGGGACAGAUCGCCAAGAUCAAGGGCUGCAGAGUAGUGGGCUGUGCGGGGACAGAUACCAAGGUGUCCUAUCUAAAGGAGCUGGGUUUUGACCAGGUCUUCAACUACAAGACUGCCACCUCCCUGGAGGAAUCACUCAGGGAGGCCGCGCCACACGGAUACGACUGCUACUUUGAGAACGUUGGGGGGAAGUUCUCCAGUGUAGUGAUGCCUCAGAUGAGAGAGUAUGGCAGAAUAGCUGUGUGUGGAAGCAUCUCCAUGUACAACGACACCACACCACAGACAGGGCCGUAUGUACACACCUAUAUGAUCUUCAAGCAGCUGAGGAUGGAGGGCUUCCUGUGUGCUCGCUGGAAAAACAAACACCAGCAGUCACUGAGGAGGCUGAUGGCCUGGAUGACUGAGGGCAAGCUGAGAUGCAAUGAACACAUCACCAUUGGUUUCAACAACAUGCCUGCUGCCUUCAUGGGCAUGCUACAGGGAGACAACACCGGCAAGGCUGUGGUCAAGGUGUGAUGACAUCACAAUCAACAUUACACUCCUCCAGAACAUCUGGCUAAAGCAUUCCAGAACACUCAACUUCAUACACUCCAGGUUCUAGAACCAGAAUCUGUUUCACCUUAACAUUCCAGUAUCCUUCCUGAAAAUCACACUCUAGUGUUCUGUUCCAUGUUUAUUCAUAGACACGUUCAACAGACAGCUAGGCAGGUUUUGGUCCAGUGUAAUUCAACAGACAGCCAGACAGGUUUGGUCCAGUGUAAUUCAACAGACAGCCAGACAGGUUUGGUCCAGUGUAAUUCAACAGACAGCCAGACAGGUUUGGUCCAGUAUAAUUCAACAGACAGCCAGACAGGUUUGGUCCAGUGUAAUUCAACAGACAGCCAGACAGGUUUGGUCCAGUGUAAUUCAACAGACAGCCAGACAGGUUUGGUCCAGUGUAAUUCAACUGACAGCCAGACAGGUUUGGUCCAGUGUAAUUCAACAGACAGCCAGACAGGUUUGGUCCAGUGUAAUUCAACAGACAGCCAGACAGGUUUGGUCCAGUGUAAUUCAACAGACAGCCAGACAGGUUUGGUCCAGUGUAAUUCAACAGACAGCCAGACAGGUUUGGUCCAGUGUAAUUCAACAGACAGCCAGACAGGUUUGGUCCAGUGUAAUUCAACAGACAGCCAGACAGGUUUGGUCCAGUGUAAUUCAACAGACAGCCAGACAGGUUUGGUCCAGUGUAAUGCUAUUAACUAAAUAAACAUGUCUUCACAAUAUAAUGUUUAUAAUAAAUCCAGUCUACUGAU